UAGCGUUCUACGUGAUAAUUCCAGUGUAAUCGAUAAAAUUACUUAAGAUAGUGUAGUGAUAUAUCAGAAACGCCAAACGUCGUAGAAUCUGAUAUCUAUUACGCGGUGCGCGUACUCGCGUAGGUAGACGAUGUCAGCGAAAGGAAAGAAAAGAAUACACAGGAAGCGUGAAGGUGGAGGAACCGGGGGGUGGGGAUGGCAGCGACAGUGAUGUGGUAACAGCUGUAGCUUCAAGCUUUUCGAAGAAUUUUCGAAGAAAAUCGUAUUAGUUUUUUUUUUGUUUUUGAUACGUAUAAUCACAUAACAUUAUUGGUAGCUCCGUGAAUCGUAGACCACGUUGGAGUACAUUGAAAGUUGGAGUGUCGCAUAUCCACAAGAGGCCAGACUGGGCCAGACGCGAAUCCGCGAUUGUCGGUGGACGCGGUGAUUGCGGCAUAUAUAACUGCAUAUAACGCGCAGUGCGGACGAAACAGCUAAAUGUGGUGUCGGCGUGAGCACUUGUGACGCGCGCCAUGUCGCGCGUUCCCAGCUGAUCCUACGUUUGACAUAACGUGCACGUAUUCCCGCAGCCGUUCCGUUCAACAGCAGCUCCGAAAAUAGCGUAAUUACGAAGAAGAUAUAGCCACGCGUCUUCCUUGAUGCGUGAUUCAGUCGUGAUCUAGUAAAAUCCGAGCUGUUCCGAGAGAGAAUGGCGGAGCUGGAUGACUUAUUUCACACGGAUCAAUAUGUAGGCCCGGAGCGCCUUACUGAUUUGUGCUACAAACUGAUCUGCGAGAAUCUUGACAUUAUCUCGACAAAGGGAAGACGCGGCCAUCGGAUACUACGAAAGGGAAUAACCUUCCCGAGCGAGAUAUGCGACAAGAUUAUAGAAUACGCGCAACGUAGUGAGGCGACCGAGGAUGACGAUUGCUUUUUCUCCAUUUUCAAAAAUCUAGCGGCGACCCGACUGAAGCACGUUAAGAUCUCUAAUUGCAGCCUGACCGACACUUCGGUUCAGACGCUUGUCAGCCACAAACUUUAUGAUUUAGAACUCACCGAUUGUAGUAAUGUAACUGAAAUCUCUAUCGAACAUAUUAAUGCCAAUUCAGAAAACUUACACAGUUUAGCGUGUUAUGGAACUUCGAUGAUCAUACCUUCUAGUUUAAGUGCCUCCGGCUCGCCCAACAAUUACGUCCAACAAUUACAAUACUAUGGACGAGAUUACCAAACACGAAGAUACGUUUUCAAAACGCCAAAUUUAAAGCGACUGGCAUUAGCAUAUGUAGGAAUACCUUCAUCAGAAUAUACCCUGCUACUAGCAGGAUUAACGAAUUUGACGCAUCUAGAUUUGUCCAAUAGCUGUAACAUUGAUACUUUCGAAUUUCAUCACUUGGUACCAAAUUUAGUAUCCUUAGCUUUGUACAACGUUAAGGUCAAUACUGACCCAAAAUCUUUUGUUAAGAACAUCUGUCAGUUGAAGAAUUUGAGGCACUUGGAUAUUUCUCAAUCGUGUCAUAAACAGGGACAGUUUGAGAAUCCUAAUAAGAUCUUAUCUGACCUAGUGACUGGUCUACCUCAGUUGGUUUCUUUAGAUAUCGGUGGCACAAACCUUGCAGGAAGAGGUGUAGCUGAGCGUCCCAUAAAUACAAAUAUUGAGGACACCAAUUUUGGACAGCUUUCCGAUAUACCAGGACUCGCAUCUAAAAUACAUAAACCAUUACAAUUUUUAGGACUUUAUGGAACUACUCAUGGUGCUUGUAGAAGACAUGAUAUACCAGCAAAAGUGGUCGCUGGCGAUGCAAAUGAGGAUCAAAUACUGAUCGCAGCUCAUGUUUGUAUGGACAAUAAACAAGAAUUAUUGCAAAAAGUAUUGAGUGAUUUAUACCAUGUAUUUAGAUUUGAAAAUUGUCAUAGAAUGGAUCAAGCGCUAUGUACUGUCUUGGAAGCGAUGGAAAAGCAUCCAGCUCAGAAGCAUAUACAAAUAUCUGGAAGCGCCACGUUAUUCUACAUAGUAAAGAUGAAGGAAAAGGGUGAAUUAGUAGCACGAAUGAAAAAAAGAAUUAUUGGUACUCUUCUUGCUGGUAUGAGCACACAUAGAGAUGAAGAAACUAUGAUGCGGAACGGUUGUUUGGCAUUGUGUCAAUUCCGCAUACCACACGACGUGAUGUCCAAUUAUGAAACCCUUGUAAAAGUACUUCUACAUUCAGCCAAACACUCAGAACCAGAAAGUUUUGUUCAAAGAAUUGGCAUAUAUCUAUUGAAUUCUUUAGCUUGUCAAGUGGAAGGUAAAGAGAAAAGAUUACUUGGCAAAUUGGGUUGUGUUAAGACUAUGUUAGAAUUGGUGGAAUACAGGGUGGAGACAAAUAUAUUUGACGAUGUAUUAGAAGUCGCAUGGUCAACUAUGUGGAAUAUGACAGACGAAACGUCUAUAAAUUGCGAACGAUUUUUAGAUGAGGAAGGCAUGGCACUUUUCCUGAAAUGUGUACAACAAUAUCCGCAUAAAGAAGAAUUAUUGAGGAAUAUGAUGGGUUUGCUCGGAAAUGUGGCAGAAGUCGAAUAUCUUCGGAUUCAUCUUAUGCAGGAACGAUAUGUAACUGUCUUCGCCAAUCUGUUACGCUCUAAUAGUGAUGGAAUUGAGGUUCCAUACAAUGCUGCUGGUAUAUUGGCACACAUGGCAUCUGAUGGUCUCGACGCUUGGACAAUAGAAAAGCCAACUCGUAAAGAGGUUCUUAAAUACAUGGUACAAGCAAUUGAAAGUUGGGACUUAAAUGCAGAACGUAAUAUUAAUUAUCGUUCAUUUGGACCAUUAUUACGCCUACUGGAUGUGUAUCAUACUCCUCCAUGUCAACAUUGGGCUGCUUGGGCUCUUGCUAAUCUCACUAAAGUAUACUCAUUCAAAUAUUGUGCAUUAGUAGUGAAAGAAGGAGGACUAGAGAAACUACAUACAGUGAUAGCAGAUUCCAGACCAUACGAACGUAUAAAAGAACUCGCAAAUUUGGUGAUUGAAAAUUGCUGUCAAUACGAGAGCCAUUCCGAUGAUGUAAAUGUUUCUCAUUCAGUCUUAGAUUCGGAAUAUCUACGUCUGGAUGGCUAAAAAAGAUCUUAGUAACAUCAUUAUGCACGUUGCAUAACUUAUAUCGUUUCUUUAGGCAAAACAAAUUAUGAUUAGUACUACAACUUGAACGGAUAAUAGCGGAGGAAUAAUUACAUAGACGAAUCAGAAAAACAUGAGUGUGUUACAUUAACUUGAUAAUAAUAGAUCUGUUCUUUGUAGUUGUACCAUGUCACACUUUCUGCACUUAAAAUAUGAAAUAAGUAUAUAAUUAGACGGAGAGAAAAAAAGAAACGAUAAAAAGUACAAAAAGUGUAGCUACAAAGAACGAACCUAUUUUUUCGAUAAAAAAAAAGGAAAGGGAUGGAUGCUCAAUAUUAUAAUUACAAAAGUUGUGUGUGGAUGGAUUUGUAUGUAUGUAUGUAUUUUUUUGCGUUAUAUGUGUGUGUAUGGAUUUGUAUGAAGAAUACGAAGUAUUUUGAAACGAAUAUUCAAUUUUAUCCGUAAAUAUUCAUCUUAUAUAUUAUUGCUGAUAAUAAAUGAUGAACUACACCGAGAAUCAUUCAUCCAAUCAAUGUACAUACGGUGUCACAAAUGUCUUGCCAUAAAAAAUAUUAUUUUGAGCACAUUCAAGCAGAUAUGUCUAGAUAUUUGUGCAUCGUAAUUGCUGAUUGUUGAUAAAACAACUAAAUUUAUAUUAAUUUAAAAAACGGAAUGAAUACAAGGUGCUAUUUACUUUUAAUCGAAUGUGGUUAUGCUCAUGCAUGUAAAAUACACAUGCUAAAUUCACCGACAGAUAAAAUUCUCAAUGAUGCAUUUGUCACGCCGUGUGUAUGUAUUCAUACAUAAUACGCUUUUAAUACAUAGUCGAGCCUCCAUAUUCUGUACAUCCCUAUUCUUAGGCCCAGUUGCACCAAUUAAAUGUCACUUUGAUUUUAAGUAAGCCUUAAAACUCUAUCUGUCUCGUUUUAAAGCCAAAAAGAGACAGAGACAGAAAGAGUUUUAAGCCUCACUUAAAAUCAAAGUAACAUUGGUGCAAACGGGCUUUAGUUAUCUAAAUUUUUGAAAAUGAUUACUGAAAUCGCGAACACACA